CUGGAGAGUCGAUGGAGAGGGAGCGAGGUGAAGCAGGACCUCACACCGGAUCAUGGCGGCGCCUGUCGGGCGGGACACCUUACCUGAGCACUGGGCGUACGGGGUGUGCGAGGACGGCAGGGUCUUCUUCAUCAACGACGAGACGCGGGCCACCACCUGGCUCCAUCCCCGCUCCGCCGAGCCGGUGAACUCCGGACACAUGAUCCGCUCAGAUCUGCCACCGGGAUGGGAGGAGGGCUUCACGGACGAUGGGGCCAGUUUCUUCAUAAAUCAUAACCAGAGGACCACGGCGUUUCGCCAUCCUGUGACCGGACAGAUUUCUCCAGAGAACUUGGAUUUCAUCCUGCAGGAACAGCCACAGGGAGCUCGCAUGAUGUCCAAGCCCACCGGUGAGCAGCUCUCCAGCACAACGGUCAGCGAGGCCUCGACCACCAUCACUUCCUCCACUGUGGACAACACCUCUGGCUCCAAGGGCUCCCGGUCCAGUGGCAAGGUGCACAGCUUUGGGAAGAGAGACCAGGCCAUUAAGAGGAAUCCCAAUGUACCUGUGGUGGUCCGAGGAUGGUUGUACAAACAGGACAGCUCUGGGAUGCGUCUUUGGAAGAGGAAGUGGUUCGUUUUGGCUGAUUUCUGUCUGUUCUAUUACAAAGACAGCAGAGAGGAAUCGGUCUUAGGCAGUAUUCCUCUGCCAAGCUAUGUCAUUUCAUCCGUGGGACCCGAGGACCACAUCAGUCGCAAGUAUGCCUUUAAGGCUAGCCACACUGGUAUGCGCUCGUACAUUUACAAGCAGAGCUCUGUGAUUGGCUCACAGGCGGAGCACACUGGGAUGCGGACGUAUUACUUCAGCGCUGACACCCAGGAGGACAUGAACACCUGGCUGAGGGCCAUGAACCAGGCGGCAGUGAUGCAGAACCACAGCGAUGCAUUCAUCAGACCAUCUGACAAGUUAGAGAAGUUGAACAUUUUGCCGCGGCAGGCUGUUCCGCAGACGAACCACGUAAACCACCACAGGACCAAGGCUUCAGAAACCGACACCCACCAACCAAUCAUCCACGAAGUCCUCCUGGAGCCAAUGUACCGCGAAGCAGAGGAGUUCUGCAGCUUCCACAAAGACUCUCCUGCCACCCCUGUGCUGGAGAACCCCAUAGGAAGCACUGGCCUGGAAAUGGACACGCACACCUCCCUCCCCUCAAACCUCACACCCACCGCCCUCUUGCAGCAGGACCCUGUGUCGGCCUCAGCACCCGUGUCCAGGGUGCCAUCACGAGCGCCAUCACGAGCCGCCUCAACGCUACCAUCCAGCAUCUGCACAAGGAAUGGCCUCGUGCAAACACCCAGUCCCAUUCUGGAGCCCAACGGGAUUGCAGCAGGGACAUACCAGAGGGCCCCGUCGGUGCCCCCUGCUGACGCACACCAACAUGUGCAGAGGAGAAACACACUGGAGCAAGUGGAGCAGUGGGUCAAAGUGCAGAAGGCGGAGCAAAAAGGGCCCCCCUCCAGAGAGAACACCCUCCCACGUCGCACACCACCAACCCAGCACAAGUUCACCUCUCUGGACACAUAUCAAACUCUGCCGAAGACCCCUCGGCAGAGUCCCACACCCGCCCGACUCGGCGAGUACAAGUACGCCCAGGACCGGCUGAGCCACUUCCGCCUCACCCCGGAGCAGUGCGUCCCAGGGUCCAACACCGUCUGGCAGCUGUAUGAGUGGCAGCAGCGUCACCAGUUCCGUCACGGCAGCCCUACGGCGCCUAUCUAUACCCCAGCCCCGGACUAUCCCUUCGGUCCCCGCCCCCCCUCCACCGUGCCUCCCACCUCUUCACUCCCCAGGUCCGAGGGCCAUCCUCGCUGUGUGUCCGUACCACCUUCAUCUGCAGACAUCCCCCCGCCGGGGCCCCCACCAGGUACCAGCCGAACCCUGUCACCCACACGGAGGCCGCAUACGCCAGCUGAUCGGGUGACAGUCAGACCUGUGGGUGAGAGGUCAGUGUUGGACAUCCCCUUCACCGUCUCCCCCCGGAGGAGCAAAUCUCAGCUGUUCAAGGCUUCUACUAUCGAGAGACGGUCAAUGCCUGCCUCUGGCUACAUCACACACACAGUUAGUGCACCAAGCCUUCAUGGCAAAACGACUGAUGACACCUACAUGCAGCUGAAGAAGGACUUGGAGUAUCUGGAUCUAAAGGUCGCUGGAAGUCAGACACUGAAGGAGUCAGGGAAACCUGUCAUGGUUGCAGAAAGUGACGUGGAUGUGAAGUUGAGUCGGUUAUGUGAGCAGGACAAGAUCCUGAAGGAUCUGGAGGCGAAAAUCAGUUCCCUGAAGGACGACAAGGACAAGCUGGAGAGUGUACUGGACAUGUCCCACCAGCAGAUGGAGCAAUUCCAGGAGCAGCCGGCCCACACCCACAAGAUCGCCUAUCAGCAGAGGCUGCUGCAGGAAGACCUGGUCACCAUCAGGGCCCAAAUAUCACGCCUCUCCACGGAGAUGGCACAGGCCUGGGAGGAGUACAGCAGGCUGGAGAGAUCAGUAGAGCAGUUGAGGAUGGUGCUGCAGACACAUAUGAACCACAGCGCCACCCCUCAGCAAGAGAAAGCUGAGAUGAAGCGCGAGCUGUGGAGGAUCGAAGACGUGAUGGCGGGACUGAGUGCGAGCAAAGCCAACUACAAGAUCACCAUUGACUCUGUCCAGAACCCAGAGAGGAAAUUAGUGCCUUCUGUGUCGGACCUUGCAUUGCCUUCCCAUUGCACAGAGGUCCAGCCUCCUCCUCGAAGCUCCAUCCCCAGGAUCCUCUCUCAUACUCUGCCUCACAGCACCGUGCCAAAGUGGGCAGAUGACAGCGCCCCGCCCCGGCCACCACUGCCCAGCCUCUAUGACUAUGAAGAGACGCCCCCUGUGGUGCCUCCUCUCCCCAAAGAGGCCUCAGUCAUCCGCCAUACGUCGGUGCGUGGACUAAAACGCCAAUCAGAUGAGAGGAAGAGGGACAGGGAGAGUGGGCAGUAUGUCGCCAAUGGAGACUGUAAGGCCGACUUGCGAUCUUACCUGAGUGAACCAGAGCUGCCAGGAAUGAGUCACCACACCACUGGGUCUGACGCUGACUACCAGUAUUUCACAGCCACAGGUCUGUCCGGCUCUUCAUCUCAUCUGAACCAGUCCAGCUCCAUCUCGUCCUACGUCACCCUAAGGAGAGGUCCUGGGAGCUCCGCAGCCAAGGAGAGACCUAAGAGUGCCUUGGAGCGUCUGUCCUCACCCACAGAAGCCUCGCAGCUCGGGAGCAGCCAGCCUGGAGGACGAAUGACCGCGGAGGAGCAGCUGGAGCGGAUGAAGCGCCACCAGAAGGCGCUGGUUCGCGAGCGCAAGAGGAACCUCAGCCAGGGGGACCGCUCCUGCACUGGCCUCUCCACCUCCACAGUCACCACCCAGCACUCCUCCUCCAGGAUGCCCUCCACCUCCUCUGACGCUCCGGCCACCGUGUUUGAUUGGCGGGAGGAGCGACUGGGGGCAGAGGGUCAGAGCGAUGAAGGAUGGAACCAAGUGAGGGAGAGAGGUCGGAUUCCGUCUGAUGAGUGGGUGACACUGACGCCCACACAAAUACGAGAGGUGGACGUGGAGCCAUUCGACUGGGACCUGGAUAUCAGCCGGGAGCUGUCCAAACCACAGAAGGUUCCCAUCCCAGAGCGCUACAUAGAGUCUGACCCUGACGAGCCUGUGAGCCCAGAGGAGCUGGAGGAACGCUCUCGUCGGGCCGAGCGCAUCAAGAACCUCGUGGCCAGAUCCAGUGUUCACAACAUGCAGCCGUCUGCACCACUGGACUUCAGUGAGCUGGACUCGGCUGUAAAGCAGCAGGAGAGGAUCAUGAACGUGUCCCAGACGCUGGCUUCAGAGGCAUCGCGCAAGAGCAAACUGGUGGCAGGGACUGAGCGGCUGGAGAGUCGAUGAGCUUGUCUGGUCCAGCCAAAGCUGCUGCACGGUACUGACCCGCAGGAGCGACCACCGCCACUAAACACAAGGAGGAAGGGAAGGAUCCAAUCGUUUUUUUAACACAUUCACUUGGAACGAAGCCCGCUCGCGAGACAAAGAGCUGCAUGCAUGCUUAUAACAGUUUGAUGAUGAGUUGAAGUUUUUAAAGAAGACUCGAGUGUCAUUUGCUUCAGCACUUACAUGGCACCGUCAACUCAUAAUUUAUAAACAAGUAAAUUGCUAUUUUUUUUAAACUAAUCGAAAAUGACCUGUUCUGCCGCUUUCUCUUUUACGAGUGACUAAAAAGAGUGAAAUAAAAGCCAAAAUGCUCUGAUAACUGUAGUAAUGUUUCAACAUGACCUAUUUAUUACAUGGCUUAUUUUUGAUUGUGUUAUUUCUACUGUAUAGUUUGUCAACACUGUCCCCCAACGAUCACGGUCCUGUCGACUUCAAGCAUCAAUAGUAAUAAAUAUUACAUUAAACAA